AUGCAGAAGGCGGGGCUGUUCCUGAGUUUCUGUCCCCCAGCGUGGAGGUCGGUGCGGAUGGUCAGCUCCGAGAUGGCCCGCCGGUACCCUCUCGCGAAUAAGGUGGCUCUAGUAACGGCCUCCACCGACGGGAUUGGCUUCGCCAUCGCAAGGCGUCUGGCCCAGGACGGCGCCCAUGUGGUCAUCAGCAGCCGGAAGCAGCAGAACGUGGACCAAGCAGUGGCCAUGCUGCAGGGGGAGGGGCUGAGUGUGACGGGCACUGUGUGCCAUGUGGGGAAAGCUGAUGAUCGGGAGCGCUUGGUGGCCACGGCUGUGAAGCUUCAUGGUGGUGUUGACAUCCUGGUCUCCAAUGCUGCUGCCAGCCCCUUCUUUGGAAACCUAAUGGAUGUAACUGAGGAGGUGUGGGACAAGAUUCUGGACAUUAACGUGAAGGCCACAGCCCUGAUGACAAAAGCAGUGGUGCCAGACAUGGAGAAACGAGGAGGCGGCUCAGUGGUGAUUGUGGCCUCCUUAGCAGCCUAUACCCCGUUUUCUGGCCUGGGCCCUUACAAUGUUAGUAAAACAGCCUUGGUGGGCCUCACCAAGAACCUGGCCUCAGAGCUGGCUGCAAGGAACAUUAGGGUGAACUGCCUGGCACCUGGACUCAUCAAGACCAACUUCAGUCGUAUGUUGUGGAUGGACAAGGCAAGAGAGAAAAGCAUAAAAGAAAUGAUGCAUAUAAGAAGGAUAGGCAAGCCAGAGGAGUGUGCGGGCAUUGUGUCUUUCCUGUGCUCUGAAGAUGCCAGCUACAUCUCUGGGGAGACAGUGGUGGUAGCUGGAGGGGCCCCCUCCCGGCUCUGA